AUGCCGCCGACGCAGCGUGCUCGCGCCGCCGCGCCGCUCGAGGCCGCCCGCGGGGCGCUCCUCGCGGCGCACGCGGCCGCUGGGCUUGCGGGCGGCGCGGAAUUCCGUGAGGCGGCUCGCCUCCUCCGCGCCGCCGAGGGCCUCAUUCGCUCGGCUGUCGCUGUCCUGGCGGCGCCGCCGCCGCCCGAGCCUGCUGCCGCCCCGCCUGUGGCCCGCCCUCGGCGGCGCCCACGGCGACGCGGGCGCGGCGGCGCGCGCGGCCCUGCUGGCGGCAGCGACGACGCGAUGGAGGCCAAGGAGGACGCGGCGGCGGCAGCGGCGGUGGCGGGCGGGCCCGCGGCGCCUUCUUCGCCCCUGCUGGACGACUCGUGGGCCGACGCGCUGCCCCCGCGGCAAGCGGCGGCCCCUGUGGCGCCUGGCGGUGGGCGGCCUCCUGGUGCGGCUCGGUCGCCGCUGGAGAUUGCUGCUGCUACCAAGGCCCUGGCCUUGCGGCUCGGCGUGGCGCCUGGCAGCCUGCCCGGCCUCUUCACGGAGGCGGAGGCCCGCGCCUCGGAGCUCUCUGACGACGAGCGGGACUUGCUGUACCGCGUCGCGGCCCUCUUCGAGGAGAACUCCGGGGCGGGCGGGGGUGGCAGCGCAUGCGCGCAAGCGGCCGCAAUGUCUCGUGCUGUCACUGCAGGCGGCGAAGCCUGGGCUGCGGCGAGUGCUCGGACCCUGGCUCGGCGUCUUCGACGCGAACGGAGGGCGCAGCUCGGGCAGACGAGGGCUGCCGCUAUGUCCUACCGGUUGCGUGGCCUCCGUGUCGCCCUCGACGCCCACUGGCGCCUUGGAGAUCGCCUGGGCGGCCACAUUCCCACGCUGGGUGCCGCGAUCGCGGCGGCCCGCCUGGCGGGGCUCGACGACGCGGAGCUCCAGGAUACCGUUGACGCCCUGGAGACUGGCAACUGGUGCCGCCACGCCCCGCCGCCAUGCGCGAGCGGGAUGCCGCCGUUGCCUGCGGCUGUUCGGGCCGUUGACCUCGAGUCGACGCUGGAGAUGAUGGCCUUUCCGCUCAACGCCGAGGCCGAUCCCUUCCAGCCCCGACUUCCUGUUCAUCCACAGAUGCGAGCCGCUGCGGCGACUUUCCUGAUUUACAUCAUGGUGACGCUCCUGAUGUUCCUGCUCCUCGAGAGCCUGCUGGCCAUCGAGAGCCUGCUGGACUUCGAGCGCCUGCUGGUCUGGAGCCUAACUUUCGUGGAGACCCCGCUGGUCUUCGUGAUGUUCCUGCUGCUCAUCGAGAGCCUGCUGGUCUACACGAUGUUCCUCCUCAUCGAGGGCCUGCUGAUCUUCGUGAGCCUGCUGGUCUUCGAGAGCCUGCUGGCCCACGAGAUCCUGAGAAACUCUUUCCUCAUCGAGAGCCUGCUGGUCUUCAAGCUGUGCCUGCUGUACCUGUACGCUUUCGUCUCGACGUCGACUUCCAGAAGGAGGCUGCGACGGCCGAGUCUGGCCCUUCUACUCACGUCGUUGUUCCUGGUGCUGCUUGGUGGAGUGCUCGUGAUGCCGUCGCGCACGUCUGGCUCAGAGCACCUGGUCAAGCUGUUCGUGCGCAUCGUCGACCUCGCGCUGUCGUUCCUGGCGCUGAUUGGCGGAAUGCUCGGGGUGCCGCGGCGCGCGCCUGGCUCAGAGCACACGCUGCUCAGGGCCGCCCCCGCGUGCGAGCAGAACGAGGCGGCCAGGCGGCGGUCCUCGUACAGCUGCGAGCAGCUCCGGGCGGAGGGCUUCUGCGGCGGGGGCGGGAGCCUGGGGAGCGAGGCCCAGGAGACGUGCCGGCUGAGCUGCGGAUCGGGGUGUGGCCUUCCCUGCAGGGCCGACGAUGCCACCCGCCGGCGGUCUGGGUGGAGCUGUCAAGCAAUGUUCGACGCGGGAUUCUGCGGUGCAGACGGUGGUCUGGGCGUUGAGAUGGAGGAGGCGUGCCACACCACUUGCCACGAAGCCCUCGGAUGCCUGCCGCCCUGCAAGCCCGACCACGCCAGCCGCCGACGUUCCGAGCGGAGUUGCAAGGAGCUCUUUGACGAAGGCUUCUGCGGUGUGGACGGUUCUCUUGGUGUGGAGACGAGGGUGACUUGCCGCACCACCUGCCACGGCGCAUUUGCAUGCGUUCCGCCCACCUGCGUGGGCGGUGGCUGCGUGCUGCCGACAACAGAGAACGACGCCGACGGAGAUCAGAGCACGACGGGCCCGGGUGACCGCGCCCCGCCUACCGCCCGACAGCAGGCUUUCUCGAUGCUGGCCGUCGCCGUGCCCUUGGGCGCCUCCGUCGUCUGCUGCUGCAGCGUCGGCAUCUGCGCGAUGUAUUGCCGGAGGGACAGCACCUUCACUCCGACGGUCCAGGCCCACCAGCGCCAGGGGACUGGAGCAUCCUACUCGUUCGGGCGCGGCGGCGGAAGGUCCGUCUUCAGAGGCAGUGGUGGCGCGGCUGCCGGCACUGCCAGCAGGUGGACCUGGCAGCCGGGCAAGUCGUAUCGGGCCCGUCCCGCGGAGGCGGCGCAGGCAGAGCCUCGUGGGCGUCCUGGCUCCACCGCUGGCGGCACGGCUGCCAGCCAGACAGCUCACGCCCAGCUCGUGGAGGCAGAGCCCGUCGAUCCGGCGUGGCAGGGUGCUCCGCAGCAGGCUGCGACGGCGGAUGCGGCGCAGCUGGAGCCCCUAGAGGACACACCGGCCGGCGUGGCCGCCGUCUCGCAGGAAGCGAUAUUCCUUUGCCUUGGCCAGGCGGAGGCGGAGGGCGCUGCUGAGCCCCUCCCAGAGCGGGGCGCAGAACAGCCCAAAAGGAAGAACAGAGUCAAGAAGAAGCCUGGGCCGGCUUCUCCUUCGAAGAGUGCUGGCCAAGGCAGGGCGAGCGAUGACGACGGCGACGCCGACGUCGCCGCCAGCAACGCCGCCUCGCCCGCGCGGGUCGGGAAGGAUGUCGGGGCCAGCGCAGAGGCCACUGCUGGCCCUGCCGACGCGCGGGAGGCCCAGAGGGUGUCGGGAGCGCCUCCCUCUGCAGGGCGGAGGCAGGCGGAGCAGCAGGAGGCCGUCGGGAGGCGCCGCUCCCUCCGCGCCUCCAUCUUCGCGGGCAGGCUGGACGCGGAGGGCCCAGAGGGUGCUGCGCAGCAGGAGGCCACGGGGAGGCGCCGCUCCACCUUCGCCUCCAUCUUCGCGGGCAGGCAGGACCCAGAGGGUGCCGCGCAGCAGGAAGCCACGGGGAAGCGCCACUCCACCUUAGCCUCCAUCUUCGCGGGCAGGCUGGACGCGGAGGACCCAGAGGGUGCCGCGCAGCAGGAGGCCACGUGGAAGCGCCGCUCCACCUUCGCCUCCAUGUUCUCUGGCUGGCAGGCACCAGAGGAUCUCCAGGGUGUCGAGCAGCAGGAAGCCACGGGGAGGCGCCGUUCCACCUUCGCCUCUAUGUUCUCGGACAGGCAGGCGCCAGAGGGUCAGUGCGGACCACGUAGGAUGGGCUUCGCCUACGAGGUGUCCAUCGCCGACUUGGGCUCGGGAACCGCGAUGGAGCACCGAGGCAUCCUGGACCGCCACGGCGAGGAGCUGCCCGUGGCGGAGCGGCUGCUCCGGGAGGAGAUGCGCAAGGUCGACAGCAGGCUGGAGCAGCAGCGCGAGGGCCUCGAGGAGCUGGGCGCCGCGCAGAGGAAGCAGGACGCCGAGCUGGCGCACGGCGCGCAGCGGCUCGAGGAGGAGACUGGCAAGCUGCGCAGGGACCUGGAGCACUUCCAGGAGGACUUGCAAGGCUUGAAGGAGACCCGCAUUGAGUGUACAGCUCACUCGCGGAGCCUCAAGGAGCUGGCGCAGAAGUGCAACUUCCUUGAGGAGGUCUACGAGGGCGUGAACGCCCGGCAGCUGGAGUCCGCCGCGGAGGUCCGGGCCGCGCGCUCCGCGGGCGAGGCCGCGGGCCAGGAGUCGAAGCGGUCGGCGAAGGAGCUCCGGCAGCAGCUGAGGGACGCGACCCAGCCGAUCGUCGGGCUGGCGGUGCGCAUGAAGGAUGCGGAGGACGCCAUUCGCAGCACCAAGUGUGACCUCCUCUCGCAGACUGCUCACAUCAAGGAGCAUCUCACGCCGAUCCAGAGCGGCAUCGACGAGCUCCGCGCCCGGCAGGACGUCCAUGCCGAGGCCCACGAGAGGCUUGCCAAGCAGCAGCUCGAGGUCAGGCAGCUGGCCGAAGGCAUCCCGCCCAGGAUCGACGAGCUCGUGAGCCGGGUGCGGCUGUCGGAGGGCGUCGCCGCCGGCUGGCAGGAGGAGCUCGAGCCUGUGCGCGACAAGGUGAAGAGCCUCGAGGUCUCGUUCGCGCAGGUUCGCUGCGACGUCGAGGCGCCCGCGGGCAGCGUCCGGCCGACGGAGUCCACAUGGGGCCAGCACAUUUUGCCCACCACGGGGUGCGCGCGCGCGCGAGGCGCCCGGGGGGCGGAGCGCCUCUCGGAACGCAUGCCGUGCUCGUGGAACACCGAGCAGAGGUCCGACGCCGCGAAGCAGUGCAGCAUCCUCACGCAGCACGACUGGAGGCACAAGCUGUCCCAGCUCUGCAUCGCUCAGUGCGACGCCGAGCUCUCGCGCGUGCGGCAUCAGCUGGAGGUGCUGUCCGCGAGGACCGCGGAGAGCGCCCGCCGCCGCGAGGAGCUGGAGGCAGCGGAGCAGCGGCGCAGGGAAGCGCGGAAGGCGGUGAAAGAAGACGUGAGAUUUCACAAGUUUGUGGAUGCGGGCUUGUGCCCGUCCCAGGGUGCUCUCUGCCUCGCCGAGGCUCACGCUUUCGCCCUGGCGGCCGCGUCGCGGAAGAGCAUGCACGACGGGCUCUUGCCCAGUGGGGGCCCCGAGGCCAUGGCCGAGCUGCGCCACGGCGUGCAGCAGGUCCAGGUCCAGUCCAGGGCCGCGACGGCCCUGCAGGCGUGGUGGCGCGGCGCCCUGGCACGCCGCGUGUGCGCCGUGCUGCGGCUGCACGGCCGCCUGCUGGCCGUGUACCGCCGCAUGGAGGGCGCGGCCGUGGUGGUGCAGGCGCGGCAACGCGGCGUCUACGCGCGCAUCUUCUGCCGCCGCUCCGAGGAGCAGCGGCGCGAGCGCCUGCGGCUGGAGCAGGAGGCCGCGGAGCGCUGGCUGCAGGCUGCGCGCAGGAUCCAGGCGGCCUCCCGGGCGGCGCGGGCGCGGAGGCAGCUGCAGCGGAAGGCCGCCCUGGACUCCGCCGCCGAGGCCGCGGCCGCGGCGCAGGCCCCCGGCGACGGCGGCGGCGAUGCCGAGGCCACGGCCACGACGGCGGCGGUGGCGGCCUCUUCGCAGGCGCUCGGCGGGGCGUCCGCCGCCGCGGCGGCGCCCGCGGACGCCGCGCCGGCUGCCGCCGCGCAGGCGCUCUCGGGCGUCCUCGGGUCGAGGGUCGCAGAGGCCCGAGGCCUGGUGCUCUCCCUGCGGCUGGAGCGGCUGGCGGGCGGCGCCUGCCGGGCCCGGGCAGGCGAGGCCCGCCACUCCGGCCUGCAGCCGCGGACCCGCGUCUCGCCGCGGGGGCAGCAGGGCGGCCGCGCUUCCACCGCUGCCCGGGGCGUCCUGUUGGCGCCCGCCGCGCCGCUGCGGAGGGGGCACUCCGACAGCGCGGGUCCGGGGCAGGCGCCGAGGCGGGGCUUCGGCGAGCGCAGCGCCCUCCGGGCGGAGCGCCGCCUCGCCGCCGCGGCGGGCGCGGGCGGAUCGCGCGGGCUCGCCCGUGGCGAGGAGGCGGCCGGGGCCAGCCCGUGAGCGCUGAGCGCUGAUCGGGGCGAUCGAGGCUGGUACGGAGAGACGCUCCCUGAGAUCCAUAUAUGGCGUCGCAACCUGAAACAUGCCACGAUUCCGACCGUUGCCAUCACCUCCUCUUGCUGCCGAUCGUCAGGCCUCUCUGAGUUCUUCCGUGUAGCGCAUCCAUGCGAUUGUCCUCGCCUUUGAGCUCGUCAAUCUUCGGCACGGAGAGCCAGGUCGAGGCUGGUCAGUGCGGACCGCCCCGCGGCGCCGACACCAACGCCGCCGAGCCGACCCGUCGAGUGCGCCGCCGAGGCCCGCACCUCUGGCAACCCAGAUAGAGGUGCGCCUGCUGGCCCUGGCAGGCAGGGCAAACACAGCGAGCAAGCCUUGGACAUCGCACUGCAACAGAAA